AUGGACGGGGCCAGCGGCGGGGUGGGGGUGGCCGGAGGGGCGGUUCAGGGGCCGGGCAGGCCGUGGGUAAGCCUGAAGAGCUGCGAGGCGGCGCUGGCGCGCCAGGCGGUGCCCCGCCGGUUGUUCAAGUACUGGCUGCAGCGCUACUGCCUGUUCUCCAGGUACGACGAGGGCGUGCAGAUGGACUCGGAGGGCUGGUACUCGGCCACGCCGGAGGUCGUGGCGGCGCACCAGGCAAGGGCGUGCCGGGGGGACCUGAUCGUCGACGCCUUCACGGGCGUGGGGGGCAACGCGAUCCAGUUCGCUGCCGCCGGUGCGUCCGUGCUGGCGUUCGACCUGUCGCCGUCGAGGAUCGAGUUGGCCAGGCGCAACGCGGAGGUGUACGGCGUGGCGGGCCGCAUCGAUUUCAUUUGCGGGGACUUUUUUAGCGCGGGGCGGGGCGUGCGGGCGGAUGUGGUGUUUCUGUCGCCGCCCUGGGGCGGGCCGAGCUAUGCCGGGAUGGAGUGCGUGGAUGUUGGUAAUGGGAGGGGGCCCCUGGCGGAGAUGGUGGGGAGGGCGGUGCGGGCGGCGAGGAAGAUGACGGACGGCAGAGGGACCGUGGUGCUGUUUCUGCCGAAGAACACGAACCUGAUCGGCUUGAGGGGCAUGGCGGGGCACCGGGAGGACGUCAGGGUGGAGGUGAUCGUGGUCAAUGGCGCCGUCAAGGCGUUGACGGUGUACCUGGAGCCUCGCCGGUGA